UUCUUCCGAGCGAGAUUCGAAAGGAAAGAGAAACAUACUCGUAGCAACAUUGACAUCAUCGAUUGGAGUGGUUAUUCUUGGCCUGAGUUUGAUGCUGUACUUUUGGAAGAGGUCCAAGAUGAAGAAGAAUGAGCCAACGGGGAAAAUAGGUGGAACUCAUAGUGAAAGUCAUGAAAAAGACUUGGAUCUCCCGUUGUUUGGCUUAUAUACAAUCUCGAAAGCUACCAAUAACUUUUCAAUCGAUAACAAGCUUGGAGAGGGUGGAUUUGGACCUGUUUAUAAGGGAAUGCUGGAAGAGGGACAAGACAUUGCGGUGAAAAGGUUGUCAAAAACUUCCAUGCAAGGACUUGAUGAAUUCAAAAAUGAAGUUAUCUGUAUCGCCAAACUUCAGCAUCGAAAUCUCGUGAGACUUCUAGGGUGCUGCAUUCAAGGAGAAGAAAUCAUGUUGAUUUAUGAAUACAUGCCAAACAAAAGCCUAGACUUAUUUCUAUUUGAUCAAACAAAAAGUAAAUUACUUGAUUGGGAAAAGCGCUUCCAAAUUGUUAAUGGAAUUGCCAGAGGAAUUAUGUAUCUUCAUCAAGAUUCCCGGUUGAGAAUUAUCCACAGAGAUCUCAAAGCAAGCAACAUACUGCUAGAUACUGACAUGAAUCCUAAGAUAUCAGAUUUUGGCAUUGCUAGAAGUUUUCGAGGGAAUGAAACCGAAGAUAAGACAAACCGAGUGGUUGGAACUUAUGGUUAUAUGUCACCAGAAUAUGCAGUGCAUGGUCGAUACUCAAUAAAAUCAGAUGUAUUUAGCUUUGGCGUUCUACUGCUAGAAAUUGUGAGUGGGAAGAGAAAUAGUGGAUUUUCUAAGGGAAAUCAGCAUCUCGAUCUUCUUGGACAUGCUUGGACACUCUAUAAAGAUGGAAAGUCAUUGGAACUAGAUGACGCUUAUAUAUGUGACUCGGCUAAUCUAUCUGAGGUGCAAAGAUUGAUCCAUGUCGGUUUGUUAUGUGUGCAAAAACGUCCAGAUGAUAGGCCAUGCAUGACUACAGUGGUUGCAUUGUUGAGCAAUGAGGGUAAAUUGCCCAAGGCAAAUCAGCCUGGUUUUUUCACAGAAGGUGAUGCAUUUGUAGAUGAAGGUACAACUAGCAGGAAUGAAGCCAGUUCAACCAAUGAAAUCACGAUUACACAGCUGGAAGCACGAUAGAGAGAAUAUGCUUUAAAUUAUUUCUCACAAAGUUCACUGAAACUAGGAGGCAAAUAUAAUGACGAUUAAGAAAUGAAUUUUUCGUGGAAUGGUGAUCAUGUUAGAGACAAAUAUUAGAAUGUUGAAUAAAAAUAUUAAUCUAAAGAAAAUUACCUGGCAAACAGACAAUCCUUUGCCAUGUUAAUCGGGUAAAUGAUUCCUUUGCUUUGGUAGUUGGCUUUGAUUUCAAGAAAUAAGUUGAUUGUCACCCCAUCAUAUAAUUGAAACCAAUGCCUUGUAUAAUGUGUUUUGUUAAUUUCUUGUUAACAAUGGAUAGAGAACUGGUUAUCUUGUUAGACUUUGUGGAUUCAAUUUAUGAAUGUGCAUUAGCA